UAUCCGCCAAAAAACGCAAAGAAGAAGACGGAAAAAAGAAGCAGCCAGUUUUAGAAGCAGGUAGUUGCGUUUCCAGUAGUUAAUAAUAGUGUGAAUCAUCCCCAUCAUCUCCCGGAUUCGCUGAUCCAGGAUGAACAUAAGGAACAGAAUUCAGCUGGAGUUGAGGAACUGCACUCCGUCAAAUGUCAGACAUCUUGUGCUAGACAACUGUCGCUCGAAUGAAGGCAAGAUCGAGGGUCUAACGGACGAAUUUGAGGAGCUGGAGUUUCUAAGCGCAAUCAACGUUCAACUGAGGACAGUUGCCAACUUCCCGAAGCUAAAUAAACUCACAAAGCUUGAACUCAGCGAUAACAGGAUCUCAGGAGGGUUGGAAGUGCUGGCAGAGAAAUGCCCCAACCUCACAGAUCUCAACCUCAGUGGCAACGCGAUUAAAGUCCUCAGCGCAAUAGAACCAUUGAAAGAAUUGGGGAGCCUGAAAAGCCUAGAUCUGUUUAACUGUGAAGUGACAAUGCUGAAUGAAUACAAAGACAAGGUAUUUAAGCUACUACCCCAGAUCACGUACCUGGACGGGUAUGACAAAGACGGCAGAGAACUGGAUUCCGACGCUGAGUUUUCCGACGAUGAGGACUCUUAUGAAGAGGAAGAGGAAGAGGAAGAUGAAGAGGAUGGCUUCUCUGAAGAGAAAACUGACGGAGCCUGAUGGUCUCUGAAUAUCACUGGAAGUCUAAUGACGAGACACCACAGCAGAAGUGCUGCCAUGUGGAGAAAAGUGGAAGAGCAUCAUUAUCCAGCAGCAACUGCUCCUCCCUGCUAUCGCUGUACCAUGAAGACAAUAAUAUGUUAAAGUUCAAGUGCCUCGUUGAAUUCUGGUUAAAAAUGUUAUUUAGAUUUUUUUUUUUUUGGAGAUCAUCAAAAGACGACUGAAGGUGUUGCACUGCUCUUAAACCCUGGAAUAAAAAUAGAACUGCAGACUGGUGAUUUUAAUACAUUAUUCAUCUUUACAUGUGUGAUUUAGUUGAUCUAAUGAGGAUUUUGUCAUCAGAUUUUAUUUAGUUUUUUUUCCAUUUUACAAUCCACAUAUUUGCUCUCAAAUCCUCCAAUACAAGAAAUUAUACCUCCAUUAUUUCCUGAACCUGCCCAACAUUAUAUGAUCCUGUCUCUUCUGGACAAAUAUCACCCUCUUGUGGUACAUUAACACUCUUACAUGUAAAUAUUUCAACAAGCCUGCAGUAAUGUUUUUAUGGGGGGAACAUCUCUAUUGAAGGAAUGCUAUUUCUGUCAUAUCUUUUGAAAUAUGUACAAUGGGCCUUUUCCAAAAAAGACAUUUUGACUUGUCAUAGCAGGAAAACCACAGGUGUGAUUGAUAUCAUUAAUGAUGCCUCAGAUCCAUUUGACUGUAUCAAUAAUAAACAUCAGUGGGCACAGUGUUAUUAACAUUAUUAAGUAUACCUGUGGUUUUCCUGCUAUGACAUGUCAAAAUGUCUUGGCCUGAAUUAUAUUCACACCUGUCUACACGUUGUGUCUAAAUAAAUCUAUAUUUUCAUAAUA